AUGCAGUUCACCACCGCUCUCUUCGCUCUUGCUGCGGCGACCGCUGCCAAUGCCGCUUCCGACCUUGGUGCCUGGAACGUCACCAUUGAGAGCAACAGCGCCGCCAACGGCUAUAAGUCGCGCACCGUCCUCGCUGAUUUUGCUUCCGACGCCUAUGCUGGCGACGACGUUAUUCGCACCGUCUGCAAGUACGAGUUCAUCCCUGGUGCCGACGGGGCCAAGGAGACAGAGAGCUGCGAGCCCAACACUUUCUCUUACGAGUACGAUGGCACAACUGUCAAGGUUCAGCAGAACAUCGAGAAGCCCAACCCCAUGACCGUCUUCGGCGAGGCUCCCCUUACGCAAACUAUGCAGCCCGGCGGCGCUGGCAGGAGCUACAAGGGUAACGCCAUUUUCGAUGCCACCCGCGCCAUUGCUUAA